AAAUGCAUUUUCUUUACACUGUGUAUGUGCGGUGUGGUGUGAUGAACUUCGGAAACGUCGCAAAUGAACCUUUUACACUGUGUGUCUGGUGUGACGAACGGCAGAAACGGAGGGAGGGAUAAGGUCUGACUCGAACGAGAGAGAGAGAGAGAGAGAGAGAGAGAUGGCGUCGGCAGGAGCAGCGAUCCCCGCCCACGCGGCUCUGCCGGCGCUGCAUGUGCGGGUGCUUCUCAAUGGCCGGAACCUUUUGUCCUCCCGAAACUGCCGGGGGGCUAUCUCUCGAAUCCCGUCCUUGUCCCCUGGCGCCCUCCGGCUCGGGAAAUCCCCGCCAGCGAGAAGAAUGACAGUUCGCGCUGCCCGAACCGAAUCGGGCGGAAUCGCGCUGGGGUUUCGCGCUCCCGAAUUCGAGCUUCCGGAGCCGCUGACGGGGAAACUUUGGAAAUUGGAGGAUUUCGAGACUUAUCCUGCUUUGCUCGUGAUGUUUCUCUGCAACCACUGUCCCUUUGUUAAGCACCUGAAAAAAGAUAUUGUGAAGUUAGCUAAUUUCUAUAUGCAGAAGAACCUUGCAAUUGUAGCAAUCUCAUCAAACUCUGUAGAGACCCAUCCACAGGAUGGACCAAAGCUCAUGGCAGAAGAGGCUAAGUUAUUCGGCUACCCCUUCCCUUACCUUUAUGAUGAGUCACAAGACGUUGCACGGGCUUUUGGAGCUGUUUGCACACCAGAAUUUUUACUUUUCAAAAAGGAUGGUCGAAGGCCAUUUGAACUUUUCUACCAUGGGCAGUUUGAUGAUUCCCGUCCCGGUAAUGGCAUACCUGUCACAGGAAGGGACCUGAGUUUGGCAAUUGAUUGCGUCCUCAGUGGCCAACCACUAUCUGCUCCACAAAAGCCCAGUGUUGGUUGCAGUAUUAAGUGGCACCCAGGAAAGUAGGGUGGAGAGGAUGCAUUGCUCUGCUUUAGCAAGUCGCCUAUUAAGGUAUAGCUGAUCAAAGGUUCCUGAAGGAUGAUAUCCAACAUGCUGACAUUGGCAGAGUGUGUUUCUCACGCGUGCUCAUUUCCUGCUAUAUCAUCCAGCCUUUGAUGCACCGCACGAUAGCAAGGAAAAGAAGGAAAAAAAUAAAAAAUAAGAAACAGAUCCUCGAGAAACAAUUGGGUUGAAGGCCUUUCUUUUGAAUUUGAAUAGUUAUUGACCCGAUUCUGUAGUCUUUCUUUUGGCAGCCCAAGACUUGAUUGGGAGAAGGCUCGUGUAUAUAUCCGAGAACAAGCUUGGGCUUUGAACUGGAAUAAGAUCAUGCACUUACCGUUCUAAGCCAAUGCACCUUCUAAGCAAUGCACCAUGCUGCUGUAGUUGUGCACGAGUAGCAUUGAUUAUAUUUUCA